CAGGUUGAAGCCGGAAGGAACAUAUUCAUUGGGCUGAGCUUAAGAUGAAUUUCUAGUGAAAUUUGGUCCAUUAAUUAGUGCCAGAUACGUAAAACAAAGAAAAAGCCUUACAUAUCUGGGCCAAAAGGCGCAUAUAUUUUUUGGCCCAAUGCUGCUGAGAAACAGUUGACUUUCAUCCCUUUGAAGUUCGAAGAUCUAAACUAACUGCAGAAAAGGAGCGAAACCGAAGAAGAGGAGAGGCGAGUAGGAGGAGCAAUGGCGACGGUGGGAUUGGCGCCGGGGCUUUCACGUAAACUGAAGAAGGCAUUAGAGUGCCGGACGGACAGUCCGGAGAAGAGUUCUCUCGACAUCAACCUCGAUUUUCUCCAUGCCUCCGAGUCCGCUCAGCUGGCGUUGGACCGAGUUGAGGAGGAGGUCGAUGUUCAUAAUUAUACAUUUAAGAACCAUCAAGCUCUUAUCAGGCAAAAGGGGAUAGGAAUUACUGUUUUUUUCCAAUGCUCCUUUCCUGGCAGUAAACCUCAUUUAGCCGUAUGUUGCCUUAAGGAAGAAAGACCUGUUCUCUUCAAGUAUUGUGCUGAAGAGGGUGGUUACAUCAGGCCUUGGCAUCAGAAUGGGAACUUGUGCUUGCAUUGCUUGACCCCAGAUGCAGCAGUCCAUUCUGGAUCAACAAAUCCAUUCUUCAAGGACUUGGAGAAUCAUUCUGGAAAGAUAGAAGCAGACUUGACAUUUGUUCUGGAUAGAAUUUUUGAAGGAGUUUGCCGACCAUUUAAAGUGAGGCUUGAGCAAGUUUUGCGGUCACAACCAAGUCUUAUAAGCUCUUAUAAACUCAGUAACACCCUGGAAUUCUACAACUACACUAUAUCAGAUUUAAUUGGGGGAGAAACAGCACUUUGUAAAACACUUGGGAUUAUCAAGGAUGCUACUCAGAAGACAUUUUUUGAAAUUCUGAAAAGCAGGGGGGAAAAGCUUUUACAGUAUCCUCCUCUUGUUGCGGUUGAUCUUUCACCACCACCAGCUGUAAAGGAAGGAGUCUCUGUGCUUCUUGAGAUAAUUGAGACAACAACAGCAUGAUGGUUCCUGCUUCAGGGAAAAAGCCUGCUUUGGAUCCAGUUAUAUCUGCUUUACUCGAUCCUAUUAUACAGAUGGGUGAGCAAGCAGCAGAGGCACACAAGUCCUAGGGAGUUGGCCACUCAUCAAGAAGAACUAGAAUGAGUUCAGAGUUCAGACUCUGGCCAACUUAAUAAAUCUGCAGUUGAUGCAAUUUUGUCAAAUAACAAUUAUACCCCAUCUUUUUUUCGUUUGUAUAAUUGUAUUUGCGUGCAUACUUGUUUCCUCAUAUCUGCAUCAUCCCUGUCCAGCUUUCUCUCGAGUUUUUUAUUUUUUGGUUCAAAGGGGGCACAUGUCGAGCUUCUUUUAUUUCACUGAAAUUUGUCGAGGGUAAGCCACCCCAUGUACAACAGCAUCAACAAUAGGAUACAGAGCACUAGGACAAGUAAUGAAGUACUGCAAUAGUA